ACCGCGCUGUCCCGGAGCCGUUGCCAUGUUAGAGCAGUAUGGGGGAGUUUCCCGCAGAAUGCGCCGUUACACAGCAUGAAAACUUUUCCCUCUGCUCGUCAGUCCGCUCGGUUCAUUCUGUCUCCUGCUACAGGAAAGCAUCCGUGUUUGUUUACAAAGCCUUUAUAACGCAUAUCCCCAUCCAGCGUGAGUGUUAAUAGGCAGGAAGAUGAACAAAACUGCGUUCCGUUGUCCAUUUGUUCAGCAAACUUCAGACGCGGUAACGUCAGGUCUGGGGAAAACGGUCAGGACGGGUUGUUUUCUUCAGGAUACGGAUUGAAAGGACUUCCUAUGUCCUUUGUGUCCUUUUCUGGCAAACAAGUGUGGCCCUGUUGACCGGUGCUAAUCGCAGCUGCAGUCUGCGGGAAUGAAGGAGCAGAGCUAGAGGCCCAACUCUGCACCGCCUGUGUCAGGAUGGAGCUGAAGGUUUGGGUGGAUGGAAUCCAGCGAGUGGUCUGUGGAGUCACAGAGGCCACCACCUGUCAGGAAGUGGUCAUUGCACUAGCUCAAGCAAUAGGUCGCACUGGACGCUACACACUUAUCGAGAAAUGGAGAGAUUCUGAGCGACACUUGGCUCCUCAUGAGAGCCCUGUGGCCUCAUUAAACACUUGGGGUCAGUAUGCUGGUGAUGUUCAGUUCAUUCUGCACCGUACUGGCCCUUCCCUCACAGAGCGCCCUCCAUCUGAGGGGCCCCCUGUCUCCCGGGGCCCUGAGCGUGGCCUGCACCGCCAGAGCCUCCCUAUUAUGGCUAAGCUCCGAGCCCAGGGUGAGCGAUCUCUCCGCCGCCGUGAACCACGCCGCAAAUCCCUCACCUUUACUGGGGCGCCACGUGGCCUUAGAGACAUACUUAAUGGAACCAGAACUGGAGACAGAGACUCCAAGCGCUGUGUUGUUCUGAUGAACAGUGCCCCCCAAAGCCUGUCCACAUCUCCUAGGCUACCUUCUAGUCGUGUGGAAGAACUGACCCGCCUUGUGAGGCUGCAGAGGGAGUCUCUGACUGUUCUGGAGCGCCGAACAGAGGCAUGCGAUACAGAGCUGCAGGCAUGGAGCCAAAAGAGACCAAGCAGCGAGGACUCCUGGGCAGUCAUGACUGAGGAGAUGGUGCGGCUAGAGCAGCAGCUGUGUCGGAACCAGGUGGAGGUGGAGGAGGAGGAGUUUUGGGCCAGCGAGCUACAGAUUGAGCUCGAGAGUGAGAGACAGCUGGAGGACCGGCUACAGGAGGUGCGCACUCGGCUCCGAGCCUGCGAGACUGAGCUGGAGCAGAGGCUGAGCCGUCUGCAUGGCAUGGAAGCUGGGCUGGAGGCCCAGCGGCAGCAGGAGCAGACAAGGGAAAACCAGCUGUGGAGUGAAGGAGAAGUGAAGGCCAGGCUACAGACGGUGAAGGCUGAACUCAAGGCUCAGGCUCAGCACACAGCACAGCUGGAAAACAGCUGCAGAGCUGUGGAGAGGUCACUGAGUCAGUCUAGUAAGAGACUACAGGAGAGUCAGUUUGAGCUUGAGCAGCUAACUAAAGAGCUGAGGCAGGUGAAUCUUCAGCAGUUCAUCCAGCAGACUGGCACUAAAGUGACCGUGCUGCCUGUGGAGCCCAGUGACGUGGAGGCCAGCGUCCCCCCUGUGCCUAAGGAACCAGCAAUGACUGGUUCGCUGAAGCGCCCAGGCCCGGCUCAUUCUUUGGGAGUUAACUUGCGGGUGCUACACAGCCCCAUCACCUCAGCCCUCAACCCUGAGGGCAUCUAUGUCUGAGGAACAAAGGAACAGCUGAAACCACCUUUACACAUCUGCUGAAAAACAUCAGUAUUUUUCAACAAGCUCAUGUGAUUUCACAAAAACACUAAGUGAUGCAUCAAGACAUAGUCAUAGGAAGUGACUUGUUGGUUAAGGCUAGUAGUUAUGUUUGUCUUUGCAAUGUUGGACAGCUGAUGGAACAACAGUAAGAAGCAUGAAGGAGCAAUGAAGGUAUACGUUAUUUUAGUAACAGUAAACUGGAAAUAUACCUCAACCCAAGACUCGCCUGUUAGCUGUCAUUUCUGCUAUUAACUCUAAUGAACGCUGAUAUAAGAAUGUUUAUUUCCUGUAUGGAGACUGUGGAGCAACAGGCCUGUAUAAGGAAGGACAUAUUAGGGAUGAGUUAUUUCAGAAAUGUGAAUAUAUUUUUGCAGAGCUGUUUAAUUGUUAAUUCAUCCACAAAGUGAGUUGUUCACAUAAGCAACAUGACACAUGCACCUUUCUGUCUUUACUGUGGCAUCAUAUUUUAUGCUGAGGUUUAUAUUUUGCCACAGUUGGUAUUAUAUUUCUUUGCGUACUCCACAUUUAGAUUUUUUUUUUAGCGAUGUUGAGCCAAAGAUGCCUGCUAAUAUGUAUAUUUUUGGUAGCCAUAAUCCAACUGCUUGGAUGCAGUUUUAUAGCAAUACAUCUCUGGCUAUAUAAUUAGCUAUUUUUUUGUCAUGUUUACCCUUUAGGUUUUACUAAUAUAUAGCUUAUGCAAGACAAUUUGCCAUGCACAUGUGUAAAACUGAGCUUUGGGGUAAACUUUGCAGUAUUACAGUAUAUUAUGCUUGACAAAUCAUAGAUUGGGCUCUGUCAAUUAACCAGUUUAUAACUGUUAUAAUUGUAACCAGUGCCUUAAGUCUUUAAUGAAGCAUUAACAUGAUCAAAUCUAGAUCAAAAUGGGGAGCUCCCAAGUCUGUUUAUAUGUGAAAUAGAUGGUGAUGGUGAACUAACAUGCAUCUUUUUGUUUUAUAUAAAUACCACAUUGGCUGUGUUUGAAAUCCCUUUGUUUGUUUACUCGUUUAUUUUACUCUCUUUGUCCAUACUGCCACACACAUCACUGAAUGGGGGUUGAGUGUGUGAAUCAUAGCAUCAACCAAUUUCAGAAACUUCAGGCAUGCUAGCAUAAUGUUUUAUGUAAAGGAAUGAAGGCUCAAUGCUCUCUGGUGCCAUCUUAUUAAAUGGCAUUGUAUAUAGACUAUAAAUCAAAUAUGUACUGUAAAUGAUAAACUAUAUGAACUAGAUAGAAGUUUAGCUUGGGCAGCAGUGUUCUUCACUACACGUCGGUGCAUGAGAUUGAUCGGGAUUCCAGACACAGCCAUCAUUUCUUUGUGCUCACUGCUGCAUUUUUAUGCAUUUAAUGUGCUUGUGAACAGUGUCAAUUUUUAGUUUCUUUAAUUAUUUUUUUUUUCUACUUUGAAACUGUAUUUUAAUAAAGUGGUAAAGCCAUGCAUAUGUAAAUUAUA